AUGGGAUGUUAUUUGCUCCACUUCACCCCCUCCUUCUUCUCGAAUGUCGAGCGUUUGCGCAUCCGGCUAGCCCAGAGCGAUCACGGUUCCCCUACCUGCUCCACGUCAAACUAUCAGACCGAUAAUCGGGUCUAUCGAGCCCCUCGUCUUGGGUCUGACUCUCGUGGUAUACGGAACAGAUCUAGGAAGCGAGGGCUCGAGAAACGUUCUUCUCCUUCUAAGAAAUUACGCAAACCCGGCUCUCUUCAAUUGGCCUACCUGGCCGCCCAGGCGGACUCUCAAUGCUUCCAUUCUCUCCCUGCUAAGAUCCAACAAAAGCUUUUCUCCCCCGAGGAACGUCGACGUUUGAGGAACGCUUAUCGACAAAGUCUCAUAUACGACGCUGCCGACGAAGCUUACCGUCGAGAUUCCGGUCGAGAUUCCAGGAAAUCUCGCCCUUCCACUGACACUCAUUCUUCCCAGGCGACUGUGCCUGUUGUUCAACUAUCGACCGCCUUCUAUUCAGACUCCGACUCCGACGAAGAAGACUCGGACAUGGAUCAAACAUUCCAUGACAGUUUCCGGUGGCUCGACGAGGAUGGCGAUCUUGACUUGUCUCUCGAUGAAUACCACGCCCAUGUGGCAGAUGCUGCCACGAAAAAGAGAAACCGCCCCUCUUUCCGCCGCUCCCUAUCCUUUUCCAACCACCUUCGCAAAACAUUAGAAAUUACACCUAUUUCAGCUCGGGGACUCCCACCUGUUAGCCAAUCUCAGCCUCUAAACCCUCUCUCCAACCGAAUCCCCGAAUCGCGCCCAUCAUCCAACCACCGAUUCCAACAUGCCCCCAAAUCAUCCACCUCGAGCAUCGACCCCUGUGCACAAUAUUACCAAGACCCCGAUGCCCGUUUAAAAUUGCGCGUCUACCUGGCAUCCCCACAAAAGUUCGACGAAGCCAUUGAAUUCGGAUUUCCCUCGCUGGAUCAAAACGAUAAGGAGAACAUCGGCCCAGAACCAACCACACCGAGACCAAGCUCACCAAAAUCCACCCUGGUCGACUGGGACUUCGGCACAUUCUUCGAAGAUGACGAUGGUACCAUGGUGGGGAGCCCAGGAGGAUCCGUAGAAAAUGAACCAAUCCGUUCGCCCGUUCUCACACAGCGGGACGCGCCCCGACCCUCCAUGGAAUCAUCAGCUCUCUUCCAGCGCCGCCAAUCCUGGUUGCCUGGGGCUAAGGGGGUCCCACAACGGCUUCCGGGAAACCGUGAGAUGACUCUCAAAAUGACCCUUACUCGGCCUGACCUCCGCACCGACUCUCCCACACCUCCUGCUUCUUCCAAAGAAAAGGAAGAUCCCUUACGAUUGGCCGAACUUCCACCCGCGGAUCGCAGCCAGUCUAUCUGGGACUCGGACUUGGACGAGCAAGGUAUGGUGAAAAAAAUGUGGCGCAAGCUGCGACGCCGAGUUUGA